GACGCUCGUCCUGAUCGCUUCGAUCGGUCACUACCUCACACCUCGUCGCUCAUUUUCUUUCAACAGACGACAGAAACGGCGACUCGCGGUAACGUUCCGUUUAUCCGUGACAUCUCAGACAGGACUCGAACGUUCUAGCUUCGCUUUCGUGCGCGUGUGCGUGUGUGUGUGCGAGAUUUCGCAAACAAAUCUGCAAUCCGGCUCCGAUCUCCGAUCCAACGACACGUCACGAAGUGUACGAUCGACUGUCGCAACACCAGAAUCACCAGCAGUGCAACAGUGGUGGUGGUGGUGGUGGUGGAGGUGGUGAAGGUGGUGGAGGUACACCAGCGCAGCUAGUUCCGACCGACGGUGUGUUUCAGCGGAAAAAUUGGUCCCACCAGAAAACCGGGUGUCACCAUCGAAGCUCGGUGCUGGUGGUGGUGGUGGUGGUGGUAGUAGUUUGGUGGAUCAGGAUUGGAUUUGAAGCCAGGUUUUGAGUGAAACCGGACCGUGCGGUACGCCGACCGUGCCCGAGUCAAAAAGAACCUGCAGCGAUCCCCGCGACUGCAGUCCGUACAGUGACAGCGUACCGUCGACGUGUGCAGCACCAGCAGUUGCAGUUUAGUGUAUUCGAUCCGCAAGUACCCCAAACGGUAAUGGAGCACUGCGCUGGUAAUGGAGGAACCGAGCAAGGUUCUGACCGAGGACGCCCGGUUUGUGUGCAAAGGGCCACACGGGUGGUGGUGACACGGUUUCGCUCCAACAACAGCAGCGGCAGCAGCGGCACCACGGCAACGAUGUUCGGAACGCUCGGUAUCGCCACGGUCCUGCUGGCGGCGGUCCUUCACCUGACGGUGGCCAAAGAGAUCGCGAUCCGCAACCGAGAUGUGCCGCAGUACAAAGAGAGACCGGAAUGGCUGCGACAGUGCCGCCGAGCGAACCCGAACGAGGACGAUUGCUUCAAGAAGAUGUUCGAGGGCACCUUCCCUUAUAUUGCCAAAGGUAUUCCUGAGAUCGGCGUACAACCGUUUGAUCCGCUGCGGAUCGAAUCGAUCCAGGUGUCGCGCGGUUCCGGCGGUCUAACGCUGAGUGGUGGCUUCAAGAAGCUUAGCAUCAAGGGUCCCUCGAAUACGACGGUGCGUCGGGCGUCGCUGGACUUUGGCAAGAAGGUGCUGGCGUUCGAUCUGGAGAUACCGAAGCUGCGGAUCGAUGCGGUGUACAAUCUGAAGGGGAACGUUCUGCUGUUGCCGCUCGUCGGGGAUGGUGACGUGACGAUGACGUUGAAGAACGUCAAGACGGCGGUCGUGACCAAGUUUGCCGUCCGGCCACUACCCGAGGAUGCCAUCUUUAUCGAGGAGAUGAAAGUGACCUUCCUUGUCGGUGGUAUGCGCAUACAUCUGGACAACCUGUUCCAAGGGAAUCAAGUGCUGGGUGCGUCGCUCAACCUGUUCCUGAACCAGAACGCCGCCGAAGUGAUCGCCGAGCUGCGAUCGGAUCUCGAGUAUGGGCUGGCCGAUAUCUUUACCGGGCUGUGGAACGAGCUGUUUAACAAACUCCCGCUGAAGCUGUGGCUGUCUUAGGGCGCUGCAGAUCGUUAUCAGCUGGUACAAUUCAUAUCACUGAUCGGGCGCGAAUGCGAGAAGGGAGGAAGGUCAUGCGCGCAUUGUAAAUAGUAACGUUUAAGCGAGCUUCCCUCUCUCCCUACUUUGGACCCACCAUUGUACGCGAACUCAUAGCGUAGCUUAAACAUCUAUU